AUGUCUCACAACUUUGAAAAUGCUAUCGGAGGCUCAUUCAAGCUUAAUAGUGGUUUCCAUAUUCCAUUAGUUGGAUUGGGUACCUAUAAGAUCACAGGCAAAGAUGUAACACCAUGUGUUGAUGCUGCCUUGUCAGCUGGGUAUCGCAUGUUUGAUACUGCCAAGUACUAUGUUAACGAACCAGAACUUGGAACCGCUUUGAAGGAGCUUCUGCCAAAGUAUAACCUGACACGUUCUGAUGUUUUCAUUACCACAAAGUUUUUCCCACCUCCAGUGGACACUGUUGCAACAACUCGUAGCCUCGUAGAAGAAUCUUUGAAAAAUCUCCAAACUGAUUACAUUGAUAUGUACCUUAUCCAUUAUCCGAAAUCCGACAAAUGUGAGAACGAUGAUCCUAGUAAUGCUCUCCACCGUAAAGAAACUUACGUUACUCUAGAAGCCCUAAAAGACGAAGGAAAAAUACGAUCCGUUGGGGUGUCUAAUUACGAAAUCCGACAUUUAGAAGAAAUUAAGUCAUUUGGAAAGAAUUCACCUUGUGCUAAUCAAGUUGAGUAUCAUCCUCAUUUUACCCGAGAUGAACUUCAGCAGUACUGCCAGAAAGAAGGAAUAUUCUUCCAGGCGUUCUCUUCUCUUGCUAGACAUGAACCUAAUCUGAUAGAAGAUCCAUCUGUUGUUCUUCUGUCUGAGAAGUACAAGACUACUGUACCUUUGAUCCUGUUGGCUUGGGCCAGAUCUCAAAGUGUUGGAAUAGUUCCAAAGUCAGCUACACCAUCCAGAAUAAUUGAUAACUUUAAAGUAGCCGAUAUAACUCUAUCCCCAGAAGAUAUUGAAACUUUGCGGAAGCUCAACAAAAAUCAGCAUUACAUUCGUUGUACCGGAUGGCUAGCUCUCUGA